CCGUUGCGACGUGCGUAUGCGCGGCACGCGUCAUCCAUUCUUUCCCUUUAGUCCUCGGUAUUGUUCAAGUAUUGUGGAUGUGUGUGCGCGAGGUACGUACUGUAUCUCCGAAGUAGUGCGAAAUGUUUUCAGUGUCGCUGAUUAACGCAUAUUUUCUUCACGUAUGACGUACCUUACGAGAAAACGAAGAUGGUGUCUCGAAAUAGGCCGAUUAAAAUUACGACCGUCGGUGAUGGCAUGGUCGGAAAAACAUGCAUGCUUAUCACGUAUACGAUGAAGGAAUUCCCAACGGAAUAUGUACCUACCGUUUUCGAUAACUACGUCGAUAACAUAUGUGUGGGUGGACAACAAUUUGAAAUGACAUUAUGGGAUACAGCUGGCCAAGAAGAUUACGAGCGACUUAGGCCAUUAUCGUAUCCAAAUACUGACUGUUUCUUGAUCUGUUUUUCCAUAAGCGCUCGUAGUUCUUUCGAAAAUGUAGCGAGUAAAUGGCAUCCAGAACUCAAAGCGCACUGUCCCAAUGUGCCGAUUAUACUCGUGGGUACCAAAUCAGAUCUCAGGAAUCAAGAAACUAUGGAUAUUGUCAGUUCGCGAGACUGUAACAAAAUGAGAAAAAAGAUCAGGGCAAUUAAAUAUGUCGAAUGUUCCGCCAUAAGGCAGGAAGGUCUCGAGGAAGUUUUUGUGGAAGCUAUUAAAGCUGUACUGAAAAAACCUCGAUCGAGAAAACUCUGCUGCAUCCUUUGAAAUGUCAAGCACUGAAAUUAAUGUAAUUAGUUUCGAAUUUUAGAGGUAUAGUUAUUAAGAUAUUAAACCAAAGAUUUUCUCCACCUCUUCCCUUCAUGUCUUUCCUGUACAUUUCAUAUAUUCCUAAUCUUUCUUAAAACAGAUUAUUUUCUUUUUGUGUAUAGACAAGGAUUCUCUUAUAUUGUGUAAAAUAUA